UUCAUGGCAAGCUUAAGUUCUUACAUUUCAAUAUUCCAUGGCAGCCAAUCUUUCUCAUCUAUUUGAUGUUAAACGUCGUAAAAACAUAUUUCCUCGACUAGUAGAACUCUCCCUUCUCGCCCUUCUUUUCUCACUUCUUUUUUAUCGUAUCAUCAACUUUGAGCAACACGGAUUGCCAUGGCUCAUCGCUCUUAUUUGCGAGUCAUGGUUUACCUUUCUAUGGAUUCUCACUGUUUUCAUUAAGUGGAAUCAAAUAGAUUACACUACAUAUCCAUACCGUCUACUCCAAAAAAAGAAAGAGUUUCCACAUGUAGACAUAUUUGUGACCACAGCGGAUCCUGAUCUCGAACCUCCAAUUCUGACAAUGAACACGGUGUUAUCGUUGUUGUCUGUCGAUUAUCCAGCAGAUAAAUUGGCUUGCUACUUAUCCGACGAUAGUUGCUCUCCUCUUGUAUACUAUUCUCUAACACUUACUAUGGAAUUCGCAAAGUUAUGGGUGCCAUUCUGUAAGAAGUAUGACGUUGAAAUUAGGGCUCCUUUUCGUUACUUCUUGUCCGACGAGUCUUCUGUGAUUAACUUGUCACCUGAGUUUCGAGAAGAGUGGAAGAUGAUUAAGAAAGAAUAUGAUAAUCUCUGUUGGAAGAUAAAUUAUGCGGCCAAGAAUCCAACAAAGUUAUUUAAGGAUGUGGAUGAAUAUGCAGAUUUCUCCAAUAUAGAAAGAAGAGACCAUCCAAGCAUAGUAAAGGUGAUAUGGGAAAAUAAGGGAAUGGAGGAUCAGAACUAUGAGGUACCACAUAUCAUCUAUAUCUCUAGAGAGAAAAAUCCAAAACAUCCACAUAACUUCAAAGCCGGGGCCAUGAAUGUUCUUACUAGAGUAUCCGGAGUGAUGACAAAUGCAUCAUUUAUGUUAAAUUUAGAUUGCGAUCAAUUCGUAAACAAUCCAAAGGCAGUAUUACACGCAAUGUGCUUAUUGCUUGGCACUAAACAAGAGAGUGAAUUCGCAUUCGUUCAAUUCCCACAAAAAUUCUAUGAUGCAGAUAAAGACGACACAUUUGGCAACCAACUUGUGGCACUAAUGCAUUAUGUUGGACAUGGCAUUGUUGGAAUACAAGGACCAUUUUAUCAAGGGACAGGUUGUUUUCAUAGGAGGAAAGUUAUUUAUGGGGCAUCACCUCAAAAUAAUGAUACUAUUUCUGAGAAAAUAAAGAAUACAGAUUUGCAAAAGACACUAGGAGGUUGUGCAUCAUUUACAAAACUGGCUUAUGAUAUUUUAUUUGGAGUGCCAAGUGAAAGAAUAGUUGAUCUUCGAAGUUCGUUGGAUGAUGCACUUAAUGUUGCUCGAUGUUCUUAUGAACUUGACACUGAUUGGGGUAGAAAGGUGGGAUGGAUUUAUGGAUCGGCAACCGAAGAUAUUAAUACUGGGCUAGCGAUCCAAGCAAGAGGGUGGAAAACAGCUAUGUGUGACCCAAUAUGUUCAGGAUUUUUGGGCUGCGCACCAACUGGUGGGCCUGAAUCAAUGACUCAAAUGAAGAGAUGGUCCACUGGGCUUCUUCAAGUCCUACUAUCAAAACACAGCCCAUUUAUUCGUUUUAUUGGACAGAAACUCCAAUUUAGACAGGCUUUAGCUUACACAUGGGUCAUGACUUGGGGCCUGCGCUCAUGGGCUGAACUUUCUUAUUCUUUAUUGUCAGCCUAUUGCAUAAUCUCCAACACACAUUUCUUGUUCAAGGUUGGAGAAUCAGCCUUCUUUAUUCCUUUAACCAUAUUCUUGGUAUACAACUUAUACACUCUUUCGGAAUACUUAUGGAUUGGGUUGUCGAUUCGUGCAUGGUGGAAUAAUCAAUCAAUGUGGCGUAUAUAUCCUCAAACAUCUUUUCUUUUCGGUUUACUUAGUGUUGUACCGAAACUCUUUGAACUUUCUGAAACAGCUUUCGAAGUGACAAAGAAGGAACAAACAUCGAAUGUGGAUGAUCAUAUGAAGAAGAGUAUUAAUCGAUUUACGUUUGAUGAUUCACCAUUAUUUGUGCCUGCCACCACUGUUUUGUUCAUCCAUCUGACAUCGAUUGCUAUUGGAGCUUUUAGGUUUGGAAUACUUGGGGCCGAGAAUGGUGGACCAGGUGUUGGAGAGUGGGUUUCUAGCUUGUUGGUAGUAAUGUUCUUUUGGGUGUUUUUUAAGGGUCUUUUUCAGAAGGGGAAACAUGGGAUUCCUUUGUCGACUAUAUUAAAAUCGGGUGCUUUAACUUUGUUGUUUGUGAUUUGGAGUGGAAACUUUUUAGGUUAAGGUUGUUAAUUUGUUAUACUUUCAUAUAUGAAAUGUUGUUUGUAAAAUAGUUUCCAUUUCUUACUACAUCUAAUAAUAAUUUUAAAUAUAAUUGUGAGGAAUUAUUCU